AUGCUGGUAGGUGGGUAACGUGGCAGUGGCAUCUGUGGAAGUUCCCUUUGGAUGUUUUCAUUUUCUCAGAGGAAAAGGAAGCAAGGUCAGCCGCUGUGAGUAGGGAUGGGGAGGAGGUGUUGGGAGGUGGAGAAGCAGCAAGUAGGUGUGAAGUCACUUUCCAGGCAAGUGGGGAGGCCAAGAGGCUGUGGCUGUGUGCCCAAUGGUGGGCCUGGUGUGGCCCCAACCCUGCCCACCCCCACCAUUCUGAGCAGCUCUGUCCUCUUUGCCCACAGGCUGCGCAGCCCCUGGGUGCCCUCGUGCCUUGGGCAAUCCCGAGUCCUGCAGGGCCGAUUGGCCAGGUCCUCGCCCUCGCUCUGGGACAGCGCGCUGCAGGAACAGAAGGGCGAGCUGCGCAAGCGGCUGUCCUACACCACACACAAGCUCGAGAAGCUCGAGACAGAGUUCGACUCCACGCGCCACUACCUGGAGAUCGAGCUCCGGCGCGCACAGGAGGAGCUGGAGAAGGUCACAGAGAAGCUGCGCAGGAUUCAGAGUAACUAUAUGGCUCUGCAGCGGAUCAACCAGGAGUUGGAGGACAAGCUGUACCGCAUGGGCCAGCAUUAUGAAGAAGAGAAGCGUGCACUGAGCCAUGAGAUUGUUGCCCUCAAUAGCCACUUGCUGGAGGCCAAGGUGACCAUUGACAAGCUGUCAGAGGACAACGAGCUCUAUAGGAAGGACUGCAAUCUAGCGGCCCAGCUGCUGCAGUGCAGCCAGACCUACGGCAGGGUCCAUAAGGUGUCCGAGCUGCCCUCAGACUUCCAGGAGCGCGUGAGCCUGCACAUAGAGAAGCAUGGGUGUAGCCUGCCCUCCUCGCUCUGCCACCCAGUCUAUGCUGACAGUGUCCCCACCUGCGUCAUUGCCAAGGUGUUGGAGAAGCCUGACCCUGCCAGCCUGUCCUCCCACCUGUCAGAUGCGUCAGCCUGUGAUCUGGGCUUCCGUGAGGAGGUCGAAAAGCCAGGCCCACGGCCCCCCUACAAGGGGGACAUCUACUGUAGCGACACGGCCCUCUACUGCCCAGAGGAGCGGCGGCGAGACAGGCGGCCCAGCGUGGAUGCAUCUGUGACCGACGUGAGCUUCUUGAGGGCCCAGAACUCCACCGACAGCACAGCUGAGGAAGAAGAGGAGGCCGAGGCGGCGGCCUUCCCAGCAAGCUACCGGCAUGAGGCCUUUCCUGGCUAUGCAGCCUCACUGCCCACGUCUAGCUCCUACUCCAGCUUUAGCGCCACAUCAGAGGAGAAGGAGCAUGCCCAGGCCAGCACGCUCACGGCCUCCCAGCAGGCCAUUUAUCUUAAUAGCCGUGAUGAACUCUUUGACCGUAAGCCACCCACUACCUAUGAGAGCAGCCCUCGCUAUGCCAAGGCUAUGGCUGCAGUGGCUGCCCCACUAGAGGCUGAUGUGGCCCCAGUGUAUAGGCGGACCAUGUCACCAUAUCCGAUGGAGACCUUCCGCUUCCCGGUCUGCCCAAACCCCCAGCAGGCCCUGAUGCCCCCAAACCUGUGGAACCUCCGGGCCAAGCCAGCGGCCACUCGUUUCCCCGGGGACCACAUGAGGGGCCAGUGGCGGCCCCUAAGCGUGGAGGACAUUGGCACCUAUUCCUACCCAGCCAGUGCCGCAAGCCACGUGUCCCCUGGCAGUUUCUCUGAACGCUACUAUAGUAGGGGUGGGGGCAGUCCAGGCUCGAACAUAGAGGGCCAUGCUAGCCCCCUCUAUGCCAGCUACAAGGCAGAUAGCUUUUCCGAAGGUGAUGAUCUUUCCCAGGGCCACCUGGGAGAGCCUUGCUUCCUGCGGCCAGGUGGUGACCUGAACCUCAGCCCCAGCCGUUCAGCUGACCCACUGCCUGGCUAUGCAGCCAGUGAGGGGGAUGCGGACAGGCUCGGGGAGCAGCUGUGUGGGGCUGACAGCAGCCCUGAGCCCGAACAUGGCUCUAGGGACUCCUUGGAGCCCAGCUCCAUGGAGGCCUCCCCAGAGAUGCACCCUGCCGCCCGACUCAGCCCCCAGCAGGCUUUCCCACGGACUGGUGGUUCUGGGCUGAGCCGUAAGGAUAGUCUCACCAAAGCCCAGCUCUAUGGAACCCUGCUUAACUGA